UCUUUGAGAAACAAAGAUGAAAAAGUUGAAUGCAAAUUAAUGUUGAGUGGGUCAGUCAUAUAUAAUAAAUGAAUUAAUCCACGAAGCAAUAGUGUUAUGUAUAUUAGGGAAACAAACUUGGUAAGCCAAACCUUCAUCUAUAUAUAUAGUCACACACCCACUUAAGUAAUUAAGUAUAGCAAUAUUUACCUCAAAAGCAGAUCACUCAUUUGAUAUUUCAGAAACAAAUUAAACGAUGAACAAAAGUCGUCUUAUCGCCUCCUCUCCAACUUUAGACGGAUUGGAAUCGCUAGACAACAGAAUCGCCCCCGCCGGCGCGGGCGGCGACGGCGGGCGGCAGACGAGCAUCCACGUGACAGCCCUUGACGGCAUAGUGAACGUGAACUCCCUCUUCACGUUGGCGAUGUUCGUGGGGUUGUCCAUGACAUCCCCGGAGAACGCGACGACGGCGUGGAGCGCAGGGUGCACCACCGGCGGCGAGACGGUGAGGCGGCUGAUCGUGUUCGAAGUGGUCUCCUUCAGCUUCUACCUCUUCUCAUCCCUCGUGGCUCAGAGCUUGAAGCUUCAAAUCAACCUGCGCAACAACUUGGACCCCAAAGAUCCUCAUAAAGCCGACAUCGACGUCGACCAUCUCAAAUACUGCCUCUUCGCCUCCGCCGUCGGAUCAGUCCUCGGCUGCAUCUUCUUGAUCUUGUCCAUCGUCGAUUUUAUUAGGGUGAAAUUGGGGUCGCUUUCUUGCGGCGGCAAGCCGGUUUACGCGGUGGUGACGCUGGUGGUUUGCGUCGGCGCCGGCCUGCUGGUUUAUGCGAUUACCGCUGCUCGUGCUGCUUUCUUCGUGCAAGAUCAACCCCCUGCUGCUGCUGUUUCUCACCAGAAUCAGACUAUCUAGCUCACUACAACAAAUAGAAUUUUGUUUUAAUUAUAUAAAAUUAAUGUGUUUUUAUUUCAUGGCCGGAAUUCGUGAUGUUAUUUUGGUUACCUAUUGGGUAAACUCUUGUAACACCUUCAUGUUAUAAGAUGUGACAAAUCGAUAAUCUAUAUUGAUAUAAAAAGUCUUGAACAUAAAA